AGAGUAUGCUGAUGUGGAAAGCUCGUAUGAUAUUGAACUACAAGGGGAUUGACUAUGAAACGGAAUGGGUGGAGUAUCCUGAUUUGGCGCCCACAUUCAAAUCUUUCGGCUUGCCACCAAAUAACAAGGAUGGAGUCGGAUAUUUUGCCGAAUACACAAGCCCAUCUGUCAAAUUUGGGGAUGGGACAUACUGCAUGGACUCUUGGAAGAUUGCAAUUGAACUUGAGAAGCGGUAUCCAUCUCCAUCGCUCCACAUAGAUGACCCAAUCGUGGUUCAAGUCCGGAACCUUAUUCCGGAGAUCAUGGGCCCCUUGCAGCCUAAUAUCAUUCCAAAAGUUCCUCGAAUGCUGCUCAACCCGCCGUCAGUGGAAUAUUUCGAACGAACUCGCAAGGAGCGCUACGGGAUGUCACUUUCCCAAGUCGAGGAGGAUAGAGGUGGUGAGCCCAGCUGGAAGGCUGCCGAGCAACCAAUUAACGAGAUCGCGGAUUUGCUGAAGAAGAAGGGUGGGCCAUUUUUCCUUGGGAAGACCGUGUCGUACGCUGAUCUCAUCUUCGUGUCCUUUCUACAUUUUCUCAAACGGCUUGACAAAGGAGUUUUCGAGAGAUUCCUAUCGUUUGACACUGCGUUCUCAACGAUUUACGAUGCCUCCAAAGAGUGGCUGGCGAAGGAUGAUUAACGACAUCCUCAUUGUUACUAAGCCUUGAUCAGUAUCACUUGCUUGUGAGCAGUGCUACCUACGCACCAGGGAUAGAAAACUAACGUUUCUAAUUGUUCUUAUC